GACAGUGAAGCGCUACGAUGUGGGUGCCCCAUCCUCCAUCACCAUCAGCCUGCCAGGCACAGACCCUCAAGAUGCGGAGCGGAGAAGGUAGGAUGCGCAAGGCCAUGGAAGACUACAAAUCCCAGCGUGCAUCACGCCGUCACCGACGGGAACGCCACCUGGGGGGGCGUGGAGCACGACGGAGAUUGUAGUCCCCAGCUCCGGUCCUAGUAACAGCGUGAAUCCCUUCGCGCGCUGCCUCCCAAAGUGCCGCUGGCAUGCUGCCCCUCCAUGCUAGGGAUCUGCCUGCCUCACCCGCAGCGCCGCCCCGAUGCAGUGGUUUUUCUCCAAAGAAAGCUGAAUAUUCGGGGCCCUGCCGCACGCGUCGCCGCCUCCGUCGCGGAGGCACUUCACUUCCGGGUGCGAUGUCUACUCACCCUGCACUUCCUGGGACGAGCCCCUCACCUCCCCAGCCACGCCUCUGAGUCGCGCUGCGCAGGCGCUAUUGAGCCGACUGCUUCGCUGGCGAGUGCGCGCUUAAUCUUGCGUGACCCCGCGGCCCAGGCCUCUGCCCUGUCUCCGACAGGUGUUCCCAGGAGUGGCGGCGCCUCUGCGCGCUAAGAACGAAAAGCUACGGAUCCAGGUCCUGCUAGCAUCAUGGGCAGCGGCUGCCGCAUCGAAUGCAUAUUCUUCAGCGAGUUCCACCCCACGCUAGGACCCAAGAUCACCUAUCAGGUCCCUGAGGACUUCAUCUCCCGGGAGCUGUUUGACACGGUCCAAGUGUACAUCAUCACCAAGCCAGAGCUGCAGAACAAGCUCAUCACUGUCACAGCCAUGGAAAAGAAGCUGAUCGGCUGCCCUGUGUGCAUUGAACACAAGAAGUACAGCCGCAAUGCCCUCCUCUUCAACCUGGGAUUCGUGUGUGAUGCCCAGGCCAAGACCUGUGCCCUCGAGCCCAUCGUUAAAAAGCUGGCUGGCUACCUGACCACACUGGAGCUAGAGAGCAGCUUCGUUUCCACGGAGGAGAGCAAACAGAAGUUGGUGCCCAUCAUGACCAUCUUGCUGGAGGAGCUGAAUGCCUCAGGCCAGUGUACUCUGCCCAUUGAUGAAUCCAACACCAUCCACUUGAAGGUGAUAGAGCAGCGUCCGGACCCUCCUGUGGCCCAAGAGUAUGACGUGCCUGUCUUCACCAAGGACAAGGAGGAGUUCUUCAACUCACAGUGGGACCUCACUACACAACAGAUCCUGCCCUACAUUGAUGGUUUCCGCCACGUCCAGAAGAUCUCAGCUGAGGCAGAUGUGGAGCUCAACCUGGUGCGCAUUGCUAUCCAGAACCUGCUGUACUAUGGAGUUGUGACACUGGUAUCCAUCCUCCAGUAUUCCAAUGUGUACUGCCCGACGCCCAAGGUCCAGGACCUGGUAGACGACAAGUCCCUGCAGGAGGCGUGUCUAUCCUAUGUGACCAAGCAAGGGCACAAGAGGGCCAGUCUCCGGGAUGUGUUCCAGCUGUACUGCAGUCUGAGCCCUGGCACUACUGUGCGAGACCUCAUUGGCCGCCACCCUCAGCAGCUACAGCAUGUUGAUGAACGGAAAUUGAUCCAGUUCGGGCUUAUGAAGAACCUGAUUCGGCGACUACAGAAGUAUCCCGUGAGGGUAUCUCGGGAAGAGUGGAGCCACCCUGCCCGACUUUACACAGGCUGCCACAGCUAUGAUGAGAUCUGCUGCAAGACAGGCAUGAGCUACCGUGAGCUGGAUGAGCGGCUUGAAAACGACCCCAACAUCAUCAUCUGCUGGAAGUGAGGCUGGUGGUGGCCAGACAGGCACAUUGUUGUGGCUACUACUUCCUGCUAAACCCUGCAUGCUACAUGGAGCUAGACCAGUAGGCUAGUUCAUACUGUCUGGAGGUUGAUCUUAGUUCUGUAAAUAAAGUCAUGCAUUUCAACCUAC